AUGCCGGGUCUCCCUAAGGAUUCAACUUGGUUUGUCUCAGAAGGAAUUCAGCCCAGACUGCCUUUCUCUCAAGUCCAACCAGGCCAUCCCUGGUCACCUGGACUCUUAGGACCCUCGGCCACCAAGUCUGCCCGCCCCCACCAAGCCCCGCUGUGCACAGCUGACAUCAACGUGGACCCCCUGGAGAGCUGGCAGCCCCAGACACCCUAUUGGACGACGACAAGCUUUCCAGCAGCGACACCAGACGAGACGGGUCCAGAAGCCCUCUGGCCGGCACAAAGCUCGCCAGCCCCGCCGAGGACGCACAAGAAGAAAACGUACAGCCGGCUCUCGAAGCCGCCCUACACUUACUUAGCGAUGAUUGCUCUGGUCAUCCAGCGCGCUCCGGAGAAAAGGCUGCCCUUGCGGCAGAUCAUUGCCGAUAUCCAGGCCCUCUUUCCCAUUUUCAGCGACGGCUACCAGGGCUGGAAGGACUCUAUCCGGCACAACCUCUCCUUGAACCCCUGCUUCAGCUUGGAGCUCAAGGACCCCUCAAAACCCAACAGCAAGGGGAACUUCUGGACGGUGGACGUGGCCCGUAUCCCCACCGGCGCCCUCAAGCUGCGGAACACGCCCAUCUCUCGCCGGGCCAAACUGGCUUUCGCACGGGACCUGACCCCGUACGUGCUCCACGGCUCCCCUUACCCAGUAUCACCAGAGCUCCCCUGUACAGAGACCCCCCUCCCCCCACCAGGGAGGCUUGUAAGCCUCAAAUCUUGUCUGAGCGACGUGGGAGACCUGCUCCCUGCCUUGCGGGCCUUUCCCCGCCUGAACUGGGAGGGCGGGGCCUGGACUGACUCCAGCUACAAAAGCCGAGGCUGCGGAAGAGACCAGAGACCAUCUCGACUGUCUCUUAGCGCAGACCCAAGCCUGAGCUUCCACAGCUGCUGCCCCCCACGAAUCACCAUCCACAGGAGGGGAAGCAACAGCUGCAGAAACGUUCUACGCGAGAACAUGUUAUGCUCUUGCUAACAAUGCUAUUUUAAAUGUGCAUUUUAUAUUUGACUUCCUUUCGUAAUGUUUUCCUUUGAAAUGCCUUAAGGCAUUUUUUUUUUGUUAACUUCGCUGCGUC